AUGGGCAUUGUGCGGAUACGUUGGAGCUUUGUGUCCCUUAUGCGCAGAGGUGGCGUCUUGCCCAGUAACUACACUUUCCCUUUUGUCCUCAAAGCGUGCGCUUCCGAUUCGGAGCCGCUUGCGCGCGGUUGGGAAGUUGUUCAUGGGGAGACCAUUGAAAAAACUGGGUUUGAGUCCGACAUGUAUGUUGAGGCGGGUUUGGUUGAUGCAUAUGCAAAACGGGGGCAAAUCAGUUAUGCGCGCAAGGUGUUUGAUGGAAUGACGCAGAGGAACCUCGCUCAGGAGUCACUGAUGCUAUUUUGCACGAUGCAGCGAGAAGAGAGUCUUUCGCCUGAUCCCGUUGCUGGGGUUAGUGUUGCCACUGCUGUUGGGCAGGUGGGGGAUAUUAAGCAUCUUCAGCUACGUUAUUGUGGAAUGUUUGAGAGCCAUCGACGGCUCGAAAGAAUUGAAUUUUUUGAAGGAGGUGGUGGAGAUCAAACAAUGCAUGUCCUCGAAAAGUUUGCUCGAUAUGCUGGCAUUUACCAAGUUGGAGACAAAUUGGACCCUACCAUAAGUUGCAGAGCAGACGGUUCAGCCGGGAAAGCUAUUGCAGCUUUUGGUAUUGUAGGACAAAUAAGUAUUAUCCCGAAAGUGCAAGAACUCCUGCUGGACAAGUAUGAAAGGUGUGCAAAUUAA